AAUUUUGACAUUUAGUCGGUUUAAUUCCGUCUGCUGUUUGUUUCCGGUCGGACCGAUAAUAAAGUAACACCACCGUGUGUCUCUCAAACAUCCUCCGUGUCCUGCUGGAUUAUGAAAGCAUGACUAGUGGCCACAUUAAAACUGCGCCAGCGGAUAUAAACCGGAUGGCCCCGGGUGGAUGGCUUAUCUAGGACCUCGGCUGGGCCCGUCUCGCAUCUUCCUGCCCGCUGUGUCCGUGUUCAGACUCCUCGGUUCGGUCGGGAUGGACGACAUGGGUCUGGCGGUGAGUCGUUCCCCGCUGGAGCGACUCGACUUCGACAACGUCGCCCUGAAGAAACUCCCGCUGGACUCGUCGGACGAGCCCGGGGUUCGGCAGGUGAAGGGAGCGUGUUUCACCCGGGUCAAGCCGACACCGCUCACCAAGCCCCGGUUCGUGGCGGUGUCGCAUGAAGCCCUGGCGCUGCUGGGUCUCGACGGAGAGGAGGUCCUGAACGACGACCCGCUCGGGCCGGAGUACCUGAGCGGAUCCAAAGUCAUGCCCGGAUCCGAGCCCGCAGCUCACUGCUACUGCGGCCACCAGUUCGGCCAGUUCGCCGGGCAGCUGGGCGACGGGGCCGCCUGCUACCUCGGGGAGGUGAAGGUGCCACCGGGCCAAGACCCGGUUCUGCUGCGGGAGAACCCGAGCGGCCGCUGGGAGAUCCAGGUGAAAGGAGCCGGACUGACUCCUUACUCCAGACAAGCGGAUGGCCGUAAGGUUCUGCGCUCCAGCAUCAGAGAGUUCCUGUGCAGCGAGGUGAUGUUCUUCCUGGGCGUUCCCACCACCAGAGCCGGCUCCAUCGUGACCUCUGACAGCAGAGUCGUACGGGACGUGUACUACAGCGGGCACCCGCGCAAUGAGCGAUGCUCCGUGGUUCUCCGCAUCGCCCCCACGUUCCUCAGGUUUGGAUCCUUUGAGAUCUUCAAGCAGCCCGACGAGUUCACGGGCCGCCGGGGGCCCAGCUGCGGGCGUGACGAGAUCCGCGGGCAGAUGAUGGAUUAUGUCAUCGAGAUGUUUUACCCCGAGAUCCAGCAGAAUUACCCCGACAGGGUGGAGAGGAACGUGGCUUUCUUCAGAGAGGUGAUGGUCCGUACGGCUCGGCUCGUGGCUCAGUGGCAGUGUGUUGGGUUCUGCCAUGGAGUCCUGAACACAGACAACAUGAGCAUCCUGGGACUCACGCUGGACUACGGUCCGUAUGGUUUUAUGGACAGGUUUGAUCCAGAUUUUAUUUGCAACGCCUCCGACAACUCCGGCCGAUACUCCUACAAGGCCCAGCCGGCCAUCUGCAGGUGGAACCUGGUGAAGCUCGCGGAGGCUCUGGAUCCAGAGCUGCCGCCGGACCGGGCCGAGGCCGUCAUGGACGAGUACCUGGAUCUGUAUAACAGCUUCUACCUGGACAACAUGAGGAAGAAACUGGGCUUACUGACGAAGAACGAGCCAGAGGACGAGAUGCUGAUCACAGAGCUGCUGCAGACCAUGCACAACACAGGCGCCGACUUCACCAACACCUUCCGCAGCUUGAGUCAGAUUUCGUGUCCCAGCGAGGGCGAGACAGAAGAGGACGUCGUCAGGAAGGCCUCCGACCUCCUGCUGGAGCAGUGCGCCUCCUUGGCGGAGCUCAAGGCCGCCAACAAACCCAGUAUGGAUCCACGGGAGCUGGCCAUGCUGCUCUCGAUGGCUCAGAGCAACCCAGCGCUGUUCCAGAUGAUCUCAGACAGGGCGACAGUUGCGAGGCAGUUGGACAGACUAAGCAAACUGAGAGACCUGAUGGAGACGAGCCAGGAGGAGCUGAAGACCAAGCAGGCGGAGGACUGGAGCCGCUGGAUCACAUGCUAUAGGAAGCGUCUGGCUCGGGAGCUGGAAGGCCAGAGCGACAUGGCGGCUGUGCAGGAGGAGAGGGUGAGGGUGAUGGACAGCACCAACCCUCGCGUCAUACUCAGGAACUACAUCGCCCAGAAUGCGAUUGAGGCCGCCGAGAACGGAGACUUCUCCGAGGUCCAGCGAGUCCUCAAGGUUCUGGAGAAGCCUUUCUCCUCGCAGCCCGGUCUGGAGUUUCCCGCGUGGGUCGGCGGAGGCGAGCAGGGAGAAAGGGACGAGGGAGAGGAGCACCAGCAGGAGGCGGCCUCCACGUCCACAUCUGCAGCCAGAGAUCCUGUUCCCUACCACAGCAAGCCCCCGGCCUGGGCUAAUGAAAUCUGUGUCACAUGAUCUUCGUAAUGACUUCCUUGAUUAUCAGCCCUCCUGCCCAGAGCGACACGAGAGUCUACUGCUCGUACCUUUUUGUGUCUCUUCCAGUCACUGCAGAGCUCUGUGUCACUUUGGCAGGCGGCGUCAGGGAAGUCAGCCGAGGCUCGACACCACCACAGGCUAGAUAGGUGAACCAAAGCAGACAGGAAGUGAGACGGUGAGACGCGAGGUGAUGUUUCCAUUCUGGUGGCUCUCACAAGCUGCGUGACAUUUUCCAGGAAAUGACUUCAAGGCAGCGAUUUAAUUUGAGGAAUCUUUUAGAUGGGGGGGCGUCGAGAAAGGUCACCUGUAAAUUGGUGGUGACUUUUUGGUGAAGGUGGAACUUUUCUGGAUGCACUGAAAAGAAAAAUGAGGCAGAAAGAUUUAACGAAGGGCCCCCAGAGCUUAUUCCCUGUCUGCUUUGUGUCCAUCCAGCUAUUAAUGACGACUCAGACAACAAGUCCUACAGCGACCCGUCUGACUCUGACAAACUGUGGCUGUCACCUCAAUAUAUACCAAAUAAAAUGAUCUGUGUGUGUGUGUGUGUGUGUGUGUGUGAGAGAGAGAGAAUGAUGGAUGAUGAUGAUUUGAGCCGUGUGAGUGUGUGUGGGUGAAAGUGAAACUCGAUGCUGUAAGCCGCAGUAGAUAAACACGCACAAUAUAUUCUUCUUUAAUAGAAAAACUGAGUCUUUUGCCACUUCCACAGCUCCACUUUCUGUCCACACAGCCACAAACAUGUUCUGCUCUCUGACAGCAGGCGCUGAACUGAAGCUGCAGCCGAGUGUGGGAAGGGGAAAAAAAAAAAAAUGGGAACUGCAGUCUGCAUGUAGCUGCAGGCACGUUUGAGAACCAUGCAAACAGUUCAGGAGGAAGUUUGGUGUUGGUUUGUGCCACAGAUGUGAUGCAAGAAAGGGAAAAAACCUCCACCGCCAUUCAUGAAGUCGAUCAUGAGCUGCACUGUUUGAUCAAGUUGGACAGAAGUGGACAUGAGAUGAGUUAUCAAGAGUUUUUAUUUUUCUUUGAUUAAUAUGAAAUAUAUAUAUAUAUAUAAUUGUGUUUCCCUCAGCUGAAGCUUCAUCCUAAUAAACUGAGCAGUCAGAA